AUGUCUCCCCCAGUGGAACCAGAGCAAAAUGAGGCAUCAUAUACCCACAGACUGAUCCAUCAUAUAUCUGAAGCGAUUGAAAAUGAUAUGAUUGAUCAUGAUGUUCAAGUGGAAAAAUUCAAAUAUGAACAAGAAUUAAAUAAAAAUUUAACAAUCACUACUGUUAUUGGGUUGGGUUUUGGUUUAAUGAGUGCACCUUUAAGUUUAGGUACAACUAUGAAUAUUGGAUUAAUUGAUGGUGGGCCGGCUACAAUUAUUGGUGGUUAUUUAAUUGUCUAUAUAUUUUCCAUCCUAUGUUCAUUAUCCCUUGGUGAAAUCACUUCAAAAUACCCUAUUGAAUUACAUGGUGGUGCCGCUAUAAUUGCUAAACCAAAAUAUAGUCUAAUUUGUUCAUGGUUCACAGGAUUUUUCUUAUUGAUUGGUAAUUGGACCAUGAGUACAAGUAUUACAUUUGCUGGUGCUCAAUUCAUGUUAUCAGUUAUUGGUAUUGUGGAUUCAGAUUAUGAAACUGAUGCUGUUCUAACUGUGGUUGUUUUUUAUAUCGUUGUUACAAUUUGUGGAUUAAUAAAUUUAAAAUUUUCACGUCAUUUAGAAUUAAUUAAUAAAAUUUGUGUCUAUUGGAUCAUUUAUGCAAUUUUAUUCAUUGAUAUCUUAUUAUUAUUAUUUUCUCCACGUUAUCAUAGUCUGAAAUAUAUUUUCACAUUUUUUGAUAAUACAAGAUCAGGUUGGCCAGCUCCAAUGGCUUUCAUUAUUGGAUUCCAACAAGCAAGUUUCACAUUACAAGGUUUCGGUUUAUUACCAGCUGUUAGUGAAGAAGUUAAAGAUGCUGAAAGAACUGUUCCAAAAGGUAUGACCUUAGCUGUAUUAUUAGCUGGUGGUGCUGGGUUCAUAUUCUUAAUCCCAAUUUUAGCAGUUUUACCAGAAAUUUCAUUACUAGUUGAUCAAAAUCAAAGUAUUAUGCCAAUUGUAUUAAUUUUCAAAUUAGCUACUAAUUCAGUUGUUGUUUCAUUUUUCUUAGUUAUUAUGAUUAUGGGUAACUUAUUAUUUUCAGGUAUUGGAUCAAUUCAAACUUCAUCAAGAGCUGUUUAUAGUAUGAGUCGUGAUGGUGCUUUACCUUAUGGUGAUUUUUGGACUUAUGUUCAUUCAGAAUCUGUUUUAAAAGUUCCUAAAAAUUCAAUUUAUUUAUCAAUGGCUGUUUCUUAUUUACUUGGGUUACUUUCAUUAGUUUCUACCGCGGCUUUUAAUGCAUUUAUUGGUGCAGCUGUUAUAUCAUUAUGUGCAGCUUCAUUAAUUCCAAUAACAAGUUUAGUUCUUGGUGGUAGGAAAAAAGUUAGAGGUGCAGCUUUUAAAUUAAAAUAUGUUGGUUUCAUUAUAAAUAUCAUUAGUAUGUGUUGGUUAUUAUUUACAAUAUUUGUCUUGAGUUUACCCCCACAAUUACCAAUAACAGGUUCAAGUAUGAAUUAUGCAUCUGUUGUUUUCAUAUUAUUUGUAAUAUUAGCUUCAUUAUUAUGGGUUGUUUGGGGUAAAAAGAAUUUCCAUGGUCCAUUAGUUGAUAAUGAUAAUAAUGAAAGAGUUGAUGCUGUUCAAUUACAAGAUGUUGAUCCUCAAGGUUCAUAUAGGAAACUUGAUGAACAAAAAUUUGAAAAAUUAGAUUCUGAAAGCUUAGAUAGAGAAGCUGCAGCUGAAGGAAAUUCAACACUGAAUACAUCUACAAAUAUAUCAGAUGAACAAUCAAAACAAUCUCAAUAA